AUGGAGAAGGACGAGUCUAUCGCCAUUACCACCGGCGCCAUGGUCGACGAGACCGCGCCGGAUGAGGCUCUCAAGCAGUUGCGCAACCUGAAGAACCACCACCAUUGGGAUCCUAACAUGCCUGAGGAUGUCGUUGACGAGCUGGACGAGGCGCUGAACACUACCGAUGAAAAGACUCAGAUCAGCAUUGCACACGAGCUCAUCGACAACUCGCCUUAUCCUGAGGUUCGUGCUGCUGUCCCGAACGUGGAUGAGGGCGGUGCUGUUAACACCCUUCGCGCCUGGGUGAUUGGUCUAAUCUUUGCGACUAUUGGUUCAUCCCUGAACAUGCUGUUCUCCAUGCGUCAGCCCUACAUCGUCAUUCCCUCUUACAUCGCUCAAGUUGCCGCCUAUCCCGUUGGAAAGGCCUGGGAGAAGUUCAUGCCUAACAAGACCUUCCGCGUCUUUGGCAAAGAAUUGAGCUUAAACCCAGGUACCUUUUCCAAGAAGGAACAUGCGAUUGUGGUGAUCAUGGCUAACGCCACGUUCGGUGGUGGCGCCGCCUACGCAACGGAUGUCCUUUUGGCUCAGCGCGCGUUCUAUGGUCAGCGCUUUGGCUGGGGCUUCGAGAUCUUGAUGUGUAUCUCCACCCAAAUGCUAGGCUUCGGUAUGGCCGGAUUCUUCACCAAGUUCCUGGUCCAACCUGCCGCCAUGAUCUGGCCCUCCACUCUCAUCAACACUGCUCUUUUCUCGGCGCUGCACGAUCACUCCCUUCCCGAUCCUAGCAAGGUCUCUGGUUGGAAGCUUGGUCGGUAUCGUAUGUUCUUGUACGCUAUGAUCGGAUCCUUUGUCUGGUAUUGGUUCCCCGGCUUCAUCGCUCCCUUCUUGAGCGUUUUCGCCUGGGUAACUUGGAUCAAGCCAAAUAACGUUGUCAUUAACCAGCUCUUUGGUGGUGCCACCGGUCUUUCGCUUAUUCCCAUGACUUUUGAUUGGACCCAGGUCUCCGGCUUUAACUUUAGUCCUCUGAUCGCCCCCUGGUAUGCGAUGGCCAAUACCAUGAUUGGUAUGGUUCUUUUCUUCUGGAUCGUCACUCCGGCCAUUCACUAUUCUGGUCUGUUCUAUUUCAAGUACCUGCCGAUCAGUGAUUCUAGCAGUUACGAUAAUACCGCCAAUGCCUACAACGUCAGCAAAAUUCUCACUCCUCAAUUUACCUUCGAUGCCGUCAAAUACAAGGAAUACUCCCCUCUCUUCUUGUCGACCACUUUUAUGCUGGCAUAUGGCCUUUCGUUCGCCAGUAUCGUCGCUGUUGUUGUCCACACAGGUCUGUUCCACGGACCUGAUAUCUGGGCUCGCUUCCGCAUGGUUGGCAAAGAAGACGAGGAUGUUCACGGUCGCCUCAUGGCUAAAUACAAGACCGUCCCAAUCUGGUGGUAUCUCGCUUUGUUCCUUAUCAUGAUGGGAAUUGGUCUGGGAGUCGUUCUUGGAUAUCCAACUCACCUAAGCUGGUGGGCCUUCUUCAUCGCCCUGAUCAUCUCCGCUGUUUGGUUCAUUCCUCUGGGCAUUGUCAAGGCUUCUACCAAUAUCGAUCUUGGCCUCAACGUCAUUACUGAGUUUAUCAUCGGAUACAUGCAGCCUGGAAAGCCCAUGGCUAUGAUGCUGUUCAAGACCUACGGCUACAUCACCAUGUACCAGGGAAUGUACUUCACCCAGGAUUUGAAAAUUGGCCACUACAUGAAGAUUCCCCCUCGUGUGACUUUCAGUGCGCAGAUGGUCGCCGGUGUCUGGUCUUCUCUCGUGCAGAUCGCCACCAUGAACUGGGCCCUCGGCACAAUCAAGGACGUCUGCGACAAGAAACAGGUCAAUCACUACACUUGUCCCAACGGCCGUGUGUUCUUCAACGCCUCCGUCAUCUGGGGUGUCAUCGGUCCCUCCCGCAUGUUCUCUACCGGCCAACUCUACUCUCCUCUCAUGUUCUUCUUCCUCGCCGGUCUCAUUCUCCCAAUCGUCAUCUACUUCCUCGCCCGUACCUUCCCUCGUACCCCUAUCAAGUACCUCAAUGCCCCCAUCAUCUUCGGUGGUGCUGGUUUGAUCCCUCCUGCCACCCCCCUCAACUACCUGUCCUGGGGUAUCGUCGGCUUCAUCUUCAACAAGUACAUUCGUGACCGCUGGCGCGGGUGGUGGAUGCAGUACAACUACGUCCUCUCUGCCGGUCUGGAUGUCGGUCUGGCGCUUUGCACCAUUCUGAUCUUCCUGACUCUCAAUCUCACCGGCACUUCCUUCCCUGACUGGUGGGGAACUCGCAUCGCGGCUGAUACCAUGGAUAUGGCGGAUACCGCUAUCCAGAUUCCGCUCGCUGAGGGCGAGAAGUUCGGACCUUCCACUUGGUAA